GAUUCGAUAGAUCUGCAAGCUAUCCCAGGUAUAAAUCUGGAUGAGAUUUUGGAUAGCAUCAGUCAAGCGUACAUUGAUGCCGAGUGUAAUGAUUUCGCUACACGCAGAGUGACCAAUGUCACCGAUAUUGUUGAUGUCCACGCGCACUGCGUCCCAGACUGGUACCGUACAAUCGUACCAACAACCGGUGGCAAUCCUACACCGUCAUGGAACCUCACCGGACAUCUUGAUUUCAUGGCCAGCGAAGGCAUAUCUCGGGCAAUCCUCGCCGUUUCAUCACCAGGCGCAAAUGUGUAUCCCGGAGAUCAAGCCGCCACGAUCGCGCUCGCUCGCUUGAUCAACGAGCAAUCCGCUGCAUAUGCCAGAGCCCAUCCGCACCAGUUCAAUUUCUACGCCGUCGUCCCGCUUCCCUACACGCAAGCCGCGAUUUCCGAGGCUCAUUAUGCGCUCGACUCGCUUGGCGCCGCAGGCAUCGCUCUCUAUUCCAACUUUGAAGGAUACUACCUGGGCGACUCGACUUUCACGCCGUUUUUCGCUGCUAUGAAUGCACGUGGCUCAAGACAGAUCGUCUACGUGCACCCCACAACACCAUACCUCCGGAUCAAUGGCUCGCUUAUUGAAGCAAAUUCAACUGUAUAUCCAAGCGGCAAUAUUGAAUUCUUUUUCGAAACGGCGCGCAUGCUCGAAGACUUGGCUGUCACGCAAACGAUCUUGAACUUCACUAACAUCAACUACGUCAUCCCGCAUGUUGGCGGCGCAUGGCCCUCGGUCGCAGAUCGGCUCUUGAGGUCGUUUCCCGCUAUCUACGAUCGUACGUUGCAGGCGCUACGGACGCGAUUUUACUGGGAUUCGGCGGGGCCAACAUAUUUCCACCAGGUUGCGGGACUGCUUGCGUAUGGGGUACCGGCGGGCCAGUUGCUGUUUGGGACUGACUAUCCUUAUGCGCCGCCUUUUUCGUAUGCGGUGUCGCUGGCUGGAGUGGAGAGCUCGCAGUGGAUUACAGAUGCUGAGAAACUGGAUGUUUUCAAGACCAAUGCAGAGAGCCUAUUCGGAAACAACCUUCCUGGAUAGCAGUAUUUCAUACUUUAUUUCCAAACGGAAUACACGCAUAACGCUUGAGUUAAUGCAUUUAAUCCUUUAGAUUUACCAAGCAAAUGAUUAGUUGAUCACCUGGGGU